UCUAAUAAAAAAUGCUGGAGCCAGUAGUUCAUUUUUAAAGUGUAUUGUGUAAUUGGAUCGAAGCAUCUGGAGCAGCAAACUCAUUUCAUAUCAGCAAGCCACGCGGUGCCCUGGCAUUCUCAAGUGAGCAGAAUUUUAAGUUGAGGGUAGAGAUUUAAAUUUGCAGCAUGCAUGACUUUUUGAAUUUGUUAUUAUUUGCUAAGGAGUGUUUGCAGCAUGCCCAUUGAUAUUUCUUUGGUAGCCAGCUGCGCUAAAAUGAGCAUUCAUCACUCCAUUCCCCACUUGCACGAAUUCUCAUUUUGUAGUUUCAGCAGAAAUUUUAGUACUGGUUUAACAGUAGUAUACCCAAUUCAGGAACGAAUGUCUCUUGGGUUUUGUCAUAAGCACAAUGCUUUAUUAACGAGAAUUUUGGCUUCUAAAAAUCCUGCAAAACCUAGGAGGAGAAUUAAAACCCAGUCUGAUAGGAACUGGCUAAAAGCUAAGCAUUCUGUAAAGCAAGCUGCCGAACCUUUAAUUAUAUCUGAACAGUUCAGUUCUGAGGAAGAUGUAGACUUAGGAGAGAGGCAGGCAAUUGGUGUGGCUGUAUCUGCUCAGGCUAAUUUUAUGAGAGUCAUUGUGAAAAAAGCAGGAGGGGUUGGAGGUUUUGGUGAAGAGAGAAAACCUUCCUUAAAAGAAAAUGGUGCCCCAGGAAACUUUAUUGACUCAGAUAAAAAUAUUCGAGUGAUCGGAGGAAUCAAUAAGAAAACUGUAAAUGGUGUCCUGAAAACUUCUGGCAAAAUAAGCGGUACAGAUGAUAAUAGUUACGGUAGAAAUCCAGUGCUAGUUUCUGCUAUUAAUGCGGAUGAAACAAGUAGAACUUUACAUGAUGAUAGAGGUAGAAAUUCAGAUUCACAUGACAGAGUGGAAGGCAGAGCUGCAAUGGAUGUUAGGUCAGUGAGUCAUGAAACCGAGAGUGAAGACGGUGAUAAUGUUCAUAAAGGAGCCGAGGAUUUAGGUGAAAAUAAUAAGAAGUGUGUGGAUAAGAGAGUAGGAUUAGAGCUCCUAUGCGUGGUGAGGGCGUUGCUUAAGAAGAUUAAGAGGCGAGUUCUGGUCGGUGACAAGGUCUUGGUUGGGAGUAUCGACUGGACAGAUAAGAGAGGCAUGAUAGAGGAUGUAUUUGAGAGGAAAUCUGAGAUAACAGAUCCUCCGGUUGCAAACGUUGAUCAUAUGCUUCUACUUUUCUCCAUGGACCAACCCAAGUUGGAGCCCUUUAUUAUGACGAGAUUCUUGGUGGAGGCAGAGUCUUUGGAGAUUCCUUUUACAUUAGUUAUGAACAAAACAGAUCUCGUAGAGGAAGAGGUUCUGCAUGCAUGGAAAGACAGACUUCAAAGUUGGGGUUAUGAGGCACUAUAUUGCAGUGCUGAUAGUAAUCUUGGACUGACUGCUGUUGCUAAUGUUUUGGAAAAGAGAACAUCUGUAGUGGUUGGGCCUAGUGGAGUCGGUAAGUCUAGCUUGAUUAAUGCCUUGCGCCGUGGUCUAGAUAUAUGUGCUACAAGUGAGAUGGAUUUAUUUGCCGGACAGGUGGGGCAAGAUAGUAAGUGGUUUGAAGAAUUACGUAUUGGAGAUAUCUCUAUGAGGAGUGGCCGUGGAAAGCACACCACACGGAAUGUAACAUUGCUUCCACUGCCAUCUGGAGGUUAUCUUACUGACACACCUGGAUUCAACCAGCCUAGUCUCCUAAAAGCUACAAAGAAUUCAUUAGCUUGGAUGUUCCCUGAGAUCAGGCAAAUGCUCUCCAGUGAUUCUGGUAGAUGUCUCUUCAAUGAUUGUCUGCAUAUUGGUGAGAAAGGCUGUGCAGUAAAGGCUGAUUGGGAAAGGUAUCCUUACUAUCUCCAGUUGCUUGAUGAGAUCAAAAUACGGGAAGAGAUACAGUUAAGGUUGAUUGGUACAAAACGAGAAAGUGAUGUCAGGUUGUCAGGAAUAUGUAUUUUUAUUUGUUGCCAUGUUACUUGGUUGUGCAGAACCCCUUGUACCCAUCUGGGUGUGGUUUGGGUUGGGAUGGCCUUGGGUUUGUCUAGGGUCCGACAAAGAUCCAUAAGGUACACCGGGUGAGGGCAUGUCUAGGUGUAAGUAAAAGAAAAAAUUUGCCAAAACUCAAGUUUUUGCAAAUUAUUAAAAAAUAAAAAAUUGUUUGCCAACCCUAAUUUGGCACUGAAGUAUCUUUACUUGAUUAAAAACUACAUAGCCCUCAUCAUUUAGAUUGGUUAGAUUCUUCAGCUUCAUUGUUUUUCCAAAGAUUGAAGAUUUGGUUAGAAGUAAGGGCUCCAUUUUGUAGAAACAGAGUGAAUAAUUGUAAAAUGACAUGGACUAUUAAGGUUUGUGUGGUUUCAAAGGCCUUAAUUUGGGCUAUAUAUACACGUACAUGAAUCCCAAUAGGGGCAAGAUACAUAGGGGAUGGUGGAUGGGGGCUCUCAAGAAAAUAGAAAUGUUCGAUCCUCCCUCUCGACUUGGUGGGCACAUGAAAUCUUGAGAUUUGUUCGAACAUGGAAUCUUUAGAUUUGUUGGACAAGUGAAAUCUUGGGAUUUGUCCAACACCUCAGGUGAUUUGUUUUAGAUUUUUGGUACACAUGAAAUCUUUUGAUGGUAUGGACAUGGGGACAUUACAUGAAUCCAUACUCAUAACUGGGGGAAAUUUUUGUUGUCAUUCUAGCAUACCUGAACCUCAAACUCCAUACCCAUCUGCUUACUAGGAUUGGCAACUUAGAGUUUUUUUACUGUAGAACUGUAUUGGAUAGGACUUUUGCCUACUAAAGAGUUAUUU